AUGACACGUUUCCAGCUUGGCUCGGAACUCUUCAAGAGCUACAGUGGCUCACUUCCUGCAAAAGUUUUUGGAAACUUCAAGGCAAUGAUUAAAUUAGAGGGUGAAGACACGGAAGAGAUCAAGUACAUGGAGUUGAUUUUGUCAUUUGACACAUCGUAUGAGGAUUCAAGGUCAUAUACCAAUGGAAUUGGGGCAAUUGAUACGCUUGAAGCUUUAGAUCUCUCCUGGAAUCUGCUCACUGGAAAGAUUCCACAGGAAUUGACAAGAUUGAACUUUCUGGCCUUCUUAAACGUCUCUCAAAAUCAUCUCGUUGGACCAAUUCCUCAAGUUCGACAAUUCAACACAUUUGAAAAUGACUCAUAUGGUGGCAACCUUGAUUUAUGUGGUGUUCCUUUAACAAAGAAAUGUGGAACGAGUGAUUCAUCGCAUGUUCCUCAACAAUUGGAGUCCAAAGAAGAAGGCGAGUCAUAUUUUUUUAGUGGAUUUACUUGGGAAUCAGUAGCCAUAGGCUACAGCUGUGGACUAGUUGUUGGAACUGUCAUGUGGAGUCUCAUGUUUAAGUAUCGUAAGCCAAAAUGGUUUGUGAAAUUUUUUGAUGGACUCAUGCCUCACAAAAGAAGAAGGCCAAAGAAGAGAGCUCAGAGAUGA